AUGCAAAGAGUUCUAUCUCGUCCUUCUGGUGCUCGUAAGCUAGCCAUUUCGGCUGUUCGUAAUUAUUCACACAAGGAGCUUAAGUUCGGUGUUGAGGGUCGGGCUGCUCUUUUGAAGGGUGUCGAUACCUUGGCUCAAGCUGUUUCAGUCACUUUGGGUCCUAAGGGUCGCAAUGUUCUUAUUGAACAAUCCUUCGGUGCUCCUAAGAUCACUAAGGAUGGUGUGACUGUUGCUAAGAGUAUCACCUUGAAAGACAAGUUUGAGAACUUGGGCGCUAAGUUGUUGCAAGAGGUUGCUUCCAAGACUAAUGAGUCUGCUGGUGAUGGUACUACCAGUGCUACUGUCUUGGGCCGUUCUAUCUUCACUGAAUCCGUCAAGAACGUUGCUGCUGGUUGCAAUCCUAUGGAUUUGAGAAGAGGUUCUCAAGCUGCUGUUGAGGCUGUUGUUCAAUUUCUCCAACAACAUAAGCGUGAGAUCACCACCUCUGAAGAGAUUGCUCAAGUUGCCACCAUUUCUGCUAACGGCGACUCUCAUAUUGGUAAACUCAUUGCCAAUGCCAUGGAAAAGGUCGGUAAGGAAGGUGUUAUUACCGUCAAGGAGGGAAAGACUCUUGAAGACGAGCUUGAGGUUACUGAGGGCAUGAGAUUUGACCGUGGAUACAUUUCUCCUUACUUUGUUACUGACACUAAGUCUGGCAAAGUUGAAUUUGAGAACCCUCUUCUGCUGCUUUCUGAAAAGAAAGUUUCUAGCAUCCAAGAUAUUUUGCCUGCUUUGGAAUUGUCUAACAAGACCCGUCGUCCUUUGGUCAUUAUUGCUGAAGAUGUCGAUGGUGAGGCUCUCGCCGCCUGUAUUCUUAACAAGCUGAGAGGUCAAGUCCAAGUCGCUGCUGUCAAGGCCCCUGGUUUCGGUGACAACCGUAAGAGCAUUCUCGGUGAUAUCGCCAUUUUGACUGGUGGUACUGUCUUUACCGAGGAAUUGGAUAUCAAGCCCGAGAACGCUACCAUCGAGUUGUUUGGUACUUCUGGUUCUGUUACCAUCACUAAGGAAGAUACCAUUAUUCUCAAUGGUGAGGGUGACAAGGACAACAUUAUGCAAAGAUGUGAGCAAAUCAGAAGCUUCAUCAACGACUCUACAACUAGUGAGUACGAACGUGAGAAGCUCCAAGAGCGUCUUGCUAAGCUCUCUGGUGGUGUUGCUGUCAUCAAGAUUGGUGGCUCCUCUGAAGUUGAGGUCGGUGAGAAGAAGGAUCGUUUCGUUGAUGCUCUUAACGCCACCCGUGCUGCUGUUGAAGAAGGUAUUCUUCCUGGUGGUGGUACCGCGUUGCUCAAGGCUUCUCGUAUCUUAGCUGACGUUAAGACCGAUAACUUUGAUCAAAAGCUCGGUGUUCAAAUCAUCCGCACUGCCAUCACUAGACCUGCCAAGACUAUUGUUGAUAAUGCUGGUGGUGAAGGUUCUGUUGUUGUUGGUAAGCUCAUUGAUGAGUUCGGUGAGGACUUUAACAAGGGUUUCAACGCUGCUACUGGCGAGUACACUGACAUGAUUGCAUCUGGUAUCAUUGACCCCUUCAAGGUUGUUCGUACCGGUCUCGUCGAUGCCUCUGGUGUUGCUUCUUUGUUGGCCACCACUGAAUGUGCUAUUGUCGAUGCCCCUGAACCACCUGCUCCUGCUGGUGGUGCUCCACCUAUGGGUGGUAUGGGAGGUAUGGGUGGUAUGGGUUUCUAA